AUGGCGUCAUCAAACGAACGUAUUUCAUCUAAUGUUAAUCUAAAUGAUUAUUUUAUAUAUUGUCCAUCAUUAUGUGAAAAAGAAGGACAGGAAAAUCGAAAAAUUCUUUAUUAUUAUCCAUCCGAUGUUGAUAUAGAUCGUCAAAUACGCACUGUUGGCUAUUGCGAAGGCUUAGUGAAAUUCACUGAAACGUUCGGUUUUGACGAUCCAUGUGACAGUGUACAUUUUCAAAAAACUCGUCUUCUAUUUUAUAAAAUUGAAAAUGAUAUUUGUAUAGCGAUGUCACUUCAUAUUCCUGUUGUCGAACGAAAAAAAGACGAUAAAUUCGUUACUGAAUAUUACGAUGAGAAUAUCAAUGAUAGAAUUAUGUUACCCAUUUUAAAAAUGUCAUAUCGAUAUUUUGUUUUACAACAUGGUACAAUGUCUACAACAAUUCAACAUGGUGGCGUAGAAGAAUUAAGAGUUGUACUUAAACAACAUUUUGAUAAGUUUAUUCAACAUCAUGUUCUUUCAAUGAUCCGAGAUGCAACAUUAGAUACAUCUUAUAUUGGCAUACAAUUUUUACCAGUUGAAAAAAAGCUCUAUUUAAAGCUACAAUCCAUUUUACGGCGAUUGGAAUUACGUUUUUCAUCACUAAAAGAAACUCUUUUUCUAUAUAAAGAUCAACUUAUAUGGAGCGGACUUUCUCAAGAAGAUACUAGUCUAGUUUAUUCAUUUUUCCGUCUUUAUUAUUGGCCACAUGUUAAAGUUUUACUCAAUUCAUCGACUACACAAUAUUUAACCAUUGACACAAAUGCUAAUCCAGCUGAUGAAUUAAUUAUUUCAGCCACUCCAACUAGUCAAAUUUAUCAAGCAUUUUUCCUGGGAAAUCCACCGAUGCCAUAUCGAGUUCUUGUAGUCAAUAUUAAUUUAAUAACAAUAUUUUCUUUCUUCCACGAUGACGGUGAUUCUACUAAUAUUGAAGAUAUGAAUACUCAAAUAGUUGAUGCAUUAAAAAAAGAUUUAGAUACAAUGCUACCUCAUUUUGAAGAACAUCUAAAGAAAAAAUAUCCAUCAGCAGAUAAUACUGUACGAACAGUUUAUUAUAAUAAAAUCAAUAUGGCAUACUCGUCAACUGUUGAUUGGACUCGUGAACCCGUUAAUUCUAUGGCUGGAAUUAUGAAUACAUUGGCAGAAGAUAUGCAAUGGUUUCAUCCAUCUGGUGAAAUCAUGGUUAAACGUGAAAAUGAUCCAUGGAUUAUAUCAAAGCGAUCGGAUAUGCGUGAAUUAUUAUUUGUAGUUAAUCAGAAAAAUGCAAACCUGAAAGAGAUUAGUGAUAAAGUCAAGCAAAUCUUUGCUACACAAUUCAGUAAUAUUUUACUCGUAGAGUGA